AUGAAUGGCCCGGUUCUAGGACCUAUUAUCGGCGGCUUUGUCUACCAAUAUCUUGGAUGGCGCUGGAUCAAUUGGAUUGUGCUUAUAUGUGGUGGAGCGUCAACUGCAUGCCUCUGCUUGGUGAAAGAGACUUACGCACCUGUCCUGCUCAGGAGGCUACGAAGGAAAAAGCAAAUCGAAACUGGUGAUACACGCUGGUGGACCAAAUAUGACAGCAAAGGUGAAGAAAGCAUCUGGGAAAGGCUGCAGACUAGUCUUAGCCGACCACUUAUCAUGGCCAUGUUUGAACCAAUAUGCUUAUUCUGGAACGUAUACGUGGGCGUUGUCUAUGCCGUGUUAUUCCUCUGUUUUGUCGGGUAUCCAAUUGUGUUUCAGCAACUCCGUGAAUGGUCCCCUGGACUGGCAGGGCUUGGAUAUCUGGGGAUCGGCACGGGCAUAGCUCUGGCUGUGUUCUCAGAACCAUUAGUCCGCAAGUUCCUCAUUGCUAAGCAUCCACCCGAUCCAGUCACAGGCAAGAUCCCACCGGAGGCAUUGGUGCGACCAAUAUGCAUCGGUGGCAUACUCAUUCCGAUCGGGGAGUUCUGGUUUUCUUGGACCGCCCGGCCACCUGUCCAUUGGAUAUCAUGCAUACUAGCGGGUGUCCCAUUUGGCUUGGGGAAUGGGCUAGUAUUUAUCUAUGCUACGAGCUAUCUGGCGGCUAGCUAUGGUAUGUAUGCCGCCUCUGCUAUCGCUGGAAACUCGGUGGUUAGAUAUGUGUUCGGCGGAGUAUUGCCACUUGCAGGCUCGAAGAUGUAUGGGGCAAUGGGGGUGAAUUGGGCGGGAACGAUGUUGGCAUUGGUGGAGGUGCUUUUGAUAUUUAUCCCAUUUGUUUUCUAUCGAUAUGGUGCAAAGAUCAGGCAGCGUAGUCAGAUGGCUUCCAAGAUCAUCUAG